CUCAGGCCGGAUCAACAAGCGAGCGGUUUGCAGCUUGUGUCGGUUUCUUCGCAAAAUUAACAAAAAUAUAAUUUUCUGCGUAAUUUCUUAUGUUCUAUUGUAUUCUCAAAGCGUGUUAGUUCCAGCUACUCAAUAGUGUUAUUCUAAUAUUUAUUUAUCUACUUAGAAAUGCUCGGAGUUUCAACGUAAUCUUGAGUGACAGAUGUUACGGUGUUAACUCGCGCCACUUUUGGAUUAUUACUGCUUUUUGAUUGAGUAAAACAUGGAAGAAAUCAAGGAUAAUACCGUUGAAAUGGAGUGUAACCCGCCAGUGUCAGAGCCCACCGUCGAAGUCCCUGUAGUGGAUGCAGCUGGUGACAACGUGGGCAGCACCAACAAUAAGGAUGACUCCCAAAACCUGUUUCCUGACAGUCCAGUCUACGAACCCGAUGACGAUGUUGUGACUGUCAGCAGCGGAACCGACGAAGUUAAUCUCGUCUCCUCAGACACAAAAGAAGAACCGACAGCGCAACCCAAAAGAAAGCUAUCAGACGACCCGUCAGAUAGCAGCGCAAAGAUCCAAAAGCUAGAACUGACCGACGAUGAGUUCGCCGUAUCCACACAGAACUUGGAUGACGAAGUCUCCGAGAUUACCAGCGCGCCCAAACGGAAAGCUGAAGAAGUGGAACUUCCAUCCACCUCUAGAGUCCGUACUCCGGCCCGAUCCAGCCCACGAAGACUCAAGCGCAGCAACAGCGCAGAAAUCUCCAAACCAAAAACACCAAAGACCCCAAAAUCUCGCCCCGCCAGCGUCGACGUCACCUCCUCGCACAAAACUCCUCGCAAAGCUAAAGAUGAGCCAAAGGAAAUAGUAUCCCUCUCCGAUAGCUCCUCACGUCCCAGUGUCGAGUUUGUCGCCGAGAUACCACCCCUGAAAGUUCCAGAAACCAUCUCCGAAGAGAACUCCGAGUUGGAUGACUCCCAAGGAUUCCAUCUACAACUUUCUCCAACUCCGGAAGAUAAUGGAAUUAAGAUUAAGACCCCGAGCAACAGUGACCCAGUUCUUGUUAGAGACAGAAAGGAAGAACUCAAUCCUGGUAAAAUCAGCGACACUAGAAGUGAAGGGUACAAGUACUCCGAUCAAGGCGCCUUCUCCCAACCCAAAGUGAAAGAUUACAUUGGAAAGACGACCGACCAAGAAAGCACUGAUAGUGUGGGUUCACUCAACUUGGAGAGCCCAGAGCCUCUACAGACCGUCGCGUCGAAGAUGAUCUCGAAACUGUCGAAUGGUAAUUCAUCUACUCCCACUGAGAAUUCUGAUGGUAAGAACGCUGAAGACAGUGACAGUACUCCUGAUAUGGCCAAGUUGAACUCUAUUAAGAACAAGAGAGGCAAAAAUGAGUCGUUCAGGUCCAGUAACAAUGCUACUCCUUCAACAAUUUCACCUUUACCGAACGGUCAUUCUCUACCAAUCACCACGCCACAAAUACCAGUGUUCGAUGUCCACAUCAGUCACAAUGAGGAGAACGAGUUCUUGUCUCUAUACGUUGUUCGGACGGACAAUGACCUUGGAAUGGACAUGUGCAGAGAGUACCAGAGGAUUUCUAAAAGGUUCACAAUAGACCCGUAUCUAGCCGAUGUGUCUGUGAGCAAUUCUCCAUCCAGUGUAACCAGUGGCGGCAUGAUCAAUUUGCCGAACAGAACAUCUUUCGCGUCCACAGUCAGUUCGACGUCGACGUCUAGCAACCGAACUAGUGACGGCGCGUUUGUCGUACCGCAACCGCCGCGGAAAUCCAUCGCGAACCCUACAACGUCUGUCAAGGGAUAUGAAGCCUUAAUGAAGAAACUCCAAGAUAUAUUCUCGCACAUCCGAGAGACUUCCGUAGACGAGGGCCUGAGUGAUGAUAAGGUUUCUGUUGGUAUUCAAACAUCUGCGUCCAACGACAGUUCCAUGAGCAAUGGUAACGCAAGUCCGGAAGAAGUCAAUAAAUGUGACAAGGCGACUCCAAAGAGCUCUUUGAAGAAGACUAGAGUGCGAGGGCGACGGCCUAUUGCGGGGAAGACUAAGCGAGCGUUACUGCCGACUCAGCCGGAGGAACCGGAGUACAUGCACGGGAUGAAUUCACCAGAAAUGGUGCCGACUAAUGGGGAAAACGGGAAGGAAUCGCCAGUGAAAUCUCCUAAAGACGAGAAACCAUUGUCUUCAUUGGUCGCUACGCCGAAAUCUGUGAGUAAAUUGAAGAAGAAGGGUCGCCCUACAUCGCCACGACCGGCCACUCCGGUGGAAAAGGCGGUGGUGAAGCAAGAAUACCCUGGAUACGCUCCUGAUACGGUGGUUUUAGCCAAGUGGGUGGACAAGCGAUACUAUUCGGGGAAAGUGUUGGAGAUUACGGAGCCGAACAAGUAUUUGAUCAGGUUUGACGAUGGCCAGACGAAGGUGUUGUUGGAUGACUUCAUAAUAUUUGGAGAUAUGAAGGCGUUGCCUUUGGAGGGUCAGUCCGUUUACGCUAUGGUUGAUGAGGAACAGAACUAUGAGCCUGGACUAGUGCUGGGAGUCGAGGAGAAUGACAGCGGAACUAUCACCUACAAAUGUACUACUGAUGGGGACACGGUGGUACUAGUAACAGCGAGCGAGCUGUAUCUGACGGAAGAUCAAGCGCGCUCCUUGAAGGAGGCGGCGCGCACCCGGGAGCCGUCGGGACCUUCCACGCCCAGGCGCAGGCACCAUCGGGAGCUCGACCUCGAUAACAUCAUACAGGGACCUCGCAGCGCUCGGAGCCGCGACAAGGGUAACUCGAGUGCACGCAAACGUGUCGCUUCUCCGAAGAGCCCUAAAGCCUCCACUUCUGGUAUUUCAGGUGUAAAAUCGAAGAGUACCCCGAUCAGUCGCAAGCGGCUAGCGAGUGAGAGUAGCGAGAUGAGUGAGAGCAGUAACUCCGCCCCUCCCACCCGACUGGAGGAGGUCGCGGGCGUCGAACCAGAGGUACAGAGGACUCCUAGGAAGAUUGAUGGGGUUAAAGGUGUCUCACUCUCCGCAGCCGGGCCGCUCCAGCUAAAAGGCGCGUCGAAACAGAAUAUAGGCAAGAAGAACUCCAAGCUGACCAAGUUUGAGAACGACGAGGACACUGUCUCCAAGAUGGGUCCCAUACCAGGAGCUGAUAAUAAGCUGUUCUCUGGGCUACACUUCUUGUUGACUUGUACUGAGACGCCGAGGCGGACACGUACUGAGAAGGCCACUCAAAGCGCAGAGACCCGGCACUACUCGUCUGAGGAGGACGGUGAGACCACGUCCUCAGUGGCAGGCACUGACACUGAGGACCUGGAGUUCUGCGACCGGCCCUUCAACAAGGAGCGCCUCAAGGAACAGCUCGAGGCCGGCGGCGGGACUGUCUACAGCCACUUCGACGACGUACCAAAGAACAAGUAUAGUGUUUGCAAGCUGAUCGCCCCGCGGCCGUGUCUCACUGCGAAGUACAUCCAGUGCCUCGCCGCGGACAUCCGCUCCGUGUCUCAUGGCUGGGUCAUCAUGAGCUGCAUCGAGAACUCGCUGCAUGACAUCGACUCCUUCGCCCUACCAGCCGGCUGGUCUAUUCUGAAACAGAGGUUUAUUAACUGGGUUCCGCCAUCAGGCAAGCGCAACGCGACGUUCUUCAAAGACAAGAUCAUACUCCUAUGUGGAGACCAGGAUACAUUCGUCAAGUUUUGGGAGCGAGUCUGCACCCUGGCCGGGGCUACUACACGAGUCGUCAACGAGGAAGACCUCAACAUGUCGGGAGCCCUGGCACUCGUCACAGAGUGGGACUGUCCCCAUGAAGUACAAAACAAGGCGAAUCAGGACAACAUCCCACUCGUGUCCACCACGUGGGUCGUCCAAUGCCUAAUAGAGGCUCGCGUCAUCGCCCCCACCAGCCACGAAAAGUUCUCAUUUAUGUUUGCGGAGCCAGAAUGAUCCUGGGACUUCAAAAAGAUCCUCAUAAUACGUGAAAAUUGACACUUGAGGUGACGCGACAGUGACGCUUUAGUGAUAGUGAAGUGAAUUAACUAACUUAUUAGCAGUGGUACACACAGACGGUUGGUUAAAGUACAAAACUUAAAGUAUGUUACGCUAAGCACGUUAUAGAUUGUACAGCUUCAAUGCUUAGAUGAUUAUAAAGUUUAAAGUUUAACCAAAUUGAAUAUAAUGCUUAGCCGCAGAUUGUUAAAGCGAUAUUGUUAUAUGUUGCUAUUUUUAUAAGCGAUAGUAAAAUUAAUGGAGGAAAUAUUUUAUUGACAAUCUAUGUUUGUACCACUGUGUAGAAAGUUAUAGUUUAUAGUGUUUAAGUGUAUAAAGGACUGCGGAUGCAGCUGAAGUGGACUUGAGAAUUUUAUUAAAAAUGUCAGUCUUGGUGUUUAUAGUGUAUAAGGGAUAAUGUUUGCAGGUAUUCGUAAAAUGUAUUUAUUAUGAUUUUUAUACAAUGAUGUCGCGAUAGUUGGGUGUAUCGAGUAUUUUGAAAGAUGUAGCGUGGGCAGGCUUCUCUGUAGCCUAGCGAGUAAUCAUUGAAUGCAAAUGAGGAUCGCCAUGACAUACUAAGGAGGAUGCCUUUGCUCUGAAAUUGAUGUCUUAUGAUAACAACUCUAACUAUCGUGACAUAAUCAUACAAACGAUCGAUGUCAACGUAUACGCGUCAUAACUUGACAAGUGAAUUUCAAAUUUAUAAUCAAUAAAUUAAGGUUCAAUGUUGUUGGUAAGCUAUGGCGCUGACGACAAAAGAUCGAAUGUCGUAAACUUAGAUAAAACGUAUUCUUUACUUCUAAAGAUCAUAGUGCGACUGAUUUCUAUACUUAUAUCUAUUACAAUAAAAACUUAAUUCCUAUGCUAUGCUUUGCUGUGUUUAGGUUUCUGCAGGAGAAGAGAAAAUUAACAUAAUUCGUCCCAUUUAAAAAAAAAUAUUAGAAGAAAUAAAUUUGAUGUUCUAAAAUAGGCAUCUUGACCAUUAAGCACCAUUCUUUUUGUCUUUGAGUACUCUAACUGCGUAAGUCAGAGUCGUUUAAUGAUUACUUAAACUAUUCCUUAGUAACUAUUUUGUCCUAAAUCAAUAGCUAAGGACUAGGUUAAGCAAUUCUUCAUGGAAUAAAAUCGUUACUAAGGAAUAGUUAAGGUAAUCAUUAAAUGACUCUGAGUACAGCAAUAAGAGGUAGAAACUCAAAGUAUGGAAUGGGAUGAUAAUAUAUCACUUCUAUUGUAGUUUACUACACAAUUAUUGCUAUAAAUGACCGUUUUAGCAUUAAUUGUUUUAGUAAAUAGUCACUCAAAGGAAUUAUCAUAAUGCAGAAACCUACCCUAUGACCCUAUUACAUGGGACUUAUAACAAAUGGUGAAUAGUAUAUGUACAUUGUAUAGCGGCAUUACAUACCGUAAUGUGCACCUCUGCCUACCCCUUCGGGGAUAAAAGGCGUGACGUUCCUCUUUUUUUGCAGAAACCUAUACCCAGCAAGGCCACUAAAAUGUUCAAAGACUUUCUGACUUCAAAAGAAUGAUUACAUAGGUAGCUAAGUAUAUUUUAUAGGAUUAUAAAGUCGUAUUCAAUUGUAUAUUGGUCUCAUUUAGGUAUAAGGUUAUUGUAUAUGUAAUAAUUGUAACAAGUGUACUAGUUACUAAAAGUCAUCAAUUAAAUUUCUAUCGAUUUAAAAUCGAUGUUUAGCCAAAGUGAGCUAAUUAUGUAAUGUCGUGAACAAUAUGAUUAGGAUCAGGUAAUGUGUUAUUUAAUUUUUAUUUUACUUUAUAUAUUUUUUUAUGUUUUUGAACGCCAGUUCUAGGUUUCAGAGGAAUUUCCUCUCACAGACCCUGUGAUGGAAUAAACUAUUUGCCGAGGUUUUCCCAGUAGGCUACAAUAUGGGGUACUUCAAGAAGGGAGUAAAUAGGUUUCUUAAUUGUUGGCAAAGCGCAUGUAAUGCCCCAAGUGUUACAAGUGUUCAUAGGCCACGGUAACCACUUACCAUCAGGUGGGCCGUGUGCUUUCUUGCCACCGAUAGGGGUGACAAAUUACAUUAAACCUUAAGAAUUUGUGACUGGAGGAUGUUUAUACUUGUAUAAUCUACUAGCGACCCGCCCCAGCUUCGCAUGGGUGCAAUGGUGAUAUAUUACGCAUGUAUUAUACACAUAAACCUUCCUCUUGAAUCACUCUAUCUAUUAAAAAACCGCAUCAAAUUCCGUUGCGUAGGGACAGAGAAAGCGACUUUGUUUUAUACUAUGUAGUGAUAAUCUGGCGUUCAAAAAGUUUAUUAUAAAAUGAAGCCUACAAUCCCAACUAAUUGGAUAUUGAUAAAUCAGACGCUUAAAUUUUUAAUUGUUUUUUUUUAGCAUUGACAUUAAAAUUAGUAUAAAUAAUGAUUAAAUCAUGGACCCUUAUUAUUAUUGUAUUUUUGUUUUUUGUGAAAAUUGUUUUUGACAUAAAAUUUUUAAGUAUUGGUGUCACAAAAUUAGAAUUAAUAUUUAACAUGUCGAUGUUACCCCCAUUUUUCUUAUUUUUUCUAUAUGCCUUUGAUGUUAAAAUUUUUUUUUUGUUUUAUUUUUAAAUGGUGUUUGUUAGAGUCGUGAUAAAUGUUCUUAAUGUCAUUUUGUACUAUUAUACAAAGCUAUGAAUGAGAUUAUGUGUGUGUGAGAGGACUAUGAACAUUUGAACAAUUCUCGACCUUAUAACAAAGGGUGUAAAGAUGACUAUUGAAUCGUAAAGGUAUAUUGAGUAUUAUUGACAAAAUAAAUCUGAUCUCUGUUUAAGGGAACAAUUGGGUAUAUAAUUAAUCAAGAUUGAGUGUUAAAGAAGUCUAAACACAUGUUUUAUUGAAAUAAAAACUGAUAUUUGUACUGUAAUAAUUCUGAAUGUUUGAAAAUUCUGUUAGAAAUUUUAGCAAUCCAUAUUUAUAGCUGGAACAACCGAUUUUGAGUUCUAUUCUGUACAAAUAAAGUUUACAUAUAAGAAAACCCAAUUUUUGCAGCUAAUUAUGAUCUUAUUGACAAGGCAAUAGAAUACAAAAUUUGUUGAUACAACUGUAAGAUAUGGUUUGGUAAAAUAUGGCUAAUAAUUUAAAAGAAUUUUCAACCAUUCAUCAUUAUUCCAGUCUCAUUGAAUCUUCUGUCUCUAUCCCACUCUUAACACAAAACAUGAGUGUGACAGAGACAAGCAUACAUAUACUAAAACGCGUGUGUAGAGCCAAGGAAAUGUGGGUGAAGCUGGAUUUAUGUACAAGUAGAUAAAAUUAUAUGUAUUUUGAUCUGAUCUGUACAUAGUAAUGUGGUUUCGUUAAAGCACACACUAGUUCUUUAAAUAACAUAGAUUUAAUUGUCAUUGUUGUGUAUAUAAUGUUUAAUGAUUGUGUGGUUAUUAAUGUCCUGUGGCUAGUCUCUAAAAACUGUCUGUCUGUAGAUGGGGUUGCGAAAAGUAGAGGUUGAUGUACGGUCAAAAUUCAUCUGUCCUUGACAGAAAUUCGAUAAAAAUAAUGUCUAUUGAAUGUACUACUAGAAAAUGAUAUCAAAACCCCUUUUUUAUUGAGACCAGUUAUCAUUUUUGGCUGUUAAGAUUAAUACAUAAUACACAUAUGACAAUAGGCUUACCCCAUAUUACAUGAAACCUAUAACACAAAUCGUGAACAGUGGGUGUACAUUGUACAGUGGCAUUAAGAAUUGUAAUGUGCACCUCUGCUUACCCCUUCGGGGUAAAAGGCGAAGAUAAUAAAUUAGUCAAAAAUUCAACCUCUACUUAGCUAUAUCUACUGAGACAUUGGUUCUUGAGACUAACCAUUAAUCAAAUUGUGUCAAAAUAACGUGCAAAGCGUGCAAAGAUAGUAUAUCUUUUUGACCAGUCCUGUAUAUAACAUUUCGUAAAUUAUAUGUAGUGUAUAAAUGUCUAAUCAUUACAUCAAUGUUAUAUGUAUACCUUUUUGUACCAUUUAAACUGGUCAAACGGACCUUAGCGCAGUUGGUAUCCAAAAGACCGAAUUUAAGGUCCCAUGGAUGCAAAAGUAACCCUUCUUUAUUUGACUUUGAGGUCUAUAAUUCCACAUCAAAUCAUAAAAUUAAGGGAUCGUGUAUUAAUAGAUUAAAUGAUAAAUUGUACAGUAAAUAUGUCUCAUUAAAUUCUUAUUGUACAUAACAAAAUUUUCAAUGUUUUGGAGAUCCAUUAUAAGGUGUGUUUAGCUCUUAAUGGGUGGUUGAAUUGAAUGUCAAUGUAUAUGAAAUUGUGCUAAAAUAAUACAGAAUUAAGGGAAAUUAGGGCUAGUGUGUGCCAAGCAAAAUUGAUGUAAAUUUUCUUACAGUGACCUCUAGUGGUAAGCGCAUUUUUCGGUAACAGCAAUUUUGAAUUUUAUGUUGUAUCUCGUGACGUUAUUAUGUGUUGCAUUUCCUUUUUGAUGUUUGUUUUUGUUAUUCUAUCAUUGUAUCUUCGUUGUUAAGGAGUCAGAUAGGCAUGUAAUGUGUAAACUAUGAAUAAAAUGAUAGAAGUA